UUUUAGCAUAUAACCAGUUUCGAUUAUUUGGUGAUAUUAGUAUUUUUUAACAUAAAAAUAGAGAGAAAUAUGUUUUAGUGGAUUUUUCCAAUAUUGUUAUUCUAAAUAAAAUAAUAAAAGAUUUGGAAAUAAUAUUCAAUUUUCAGCCUCGAGAUUUUCUGUUCUCAGGAUAUCUGUGUCUAAUGCUAACAAAUACAUACACGGCUUCGUUUCAUAUAUACAUACAUUCAUACAAACAACCCAUAAGGAGUAAGGAAAAUUCAGCACUAAUUUCCGCAAAAUUUGUCGCGAAAAUUUUUAGUGAAUAUCUGCAAUUAGAUCACUGAGCUUAACUUCAACAACAAUUAAAAAUAACAAAUAUUCUUCAGAUAUAUCUUGUAACUUAAUAACAGUAAAAUUGAAAGUGCGUUCACGUUUGUUUAAAGGAGUGGUUCCCUUAUAUUUUUUCUGAAGAUGUCUGCAUCUAAUCUGGGUGGUGUAGACGUUUCUCUUCUUCCACUAGAUGUUCGUGAAAAGUUAGCCGAGUUAGAUUUGGAGUUAUCUGAAGGUGAUAUUACACAGAAGGGGUAUGAAAAAAAACGAGCUAAGCUUUUACAGCCAUUUCUAACGAAAGCAAUCGAAGCUCCUGAAGAAACUUUGAACAAUGCAAUGCCACCGUAUUACAAUAUUAGGGAAACUAGUUUGGAAAAUAAUAAGACUGUUCGUGAUGGCGCAUUAGUAUCUAGCGAAGGGUAUAGUUAUGUAUCCGAAGUACCGUCUCUUUCAUCGUCUAAUCAAAGGCAUUCCAAUUCAACAAAAAGAGAUGAUUAUUAUCAACCUGCUGAUAGUCAAGCAGAACCAGGCUAUGAAAACAGUCGUGUGCGCAGGACACACAGGAAAAUAACGCACAAUGAAAAAAGGUAUCACUCAGAGGUGCGCCAAGAAGCUGUACAACAGGCUCUAGCUGCGCUAAAAACUCGACCAAAAACGAACUUGCCUAUGCCAUCAAAACGAAGUUCUGUACUAAAUAGAAGUCCUGACAGGAACAAUGAUGACACAGAGUCCUCAUCAGAAGAUGAGUCAAUACCAGAGGAGAUUAUAUCCCCAGACAAGGAAUAUAAUUAUCCACGAGAUCAUGUUAGCAACAUUAUGGAACCACACAUUAAGCCUCCGGUUCGCGAAUCAUCUAUUGGAAUUGUGUCUUCCAAAUCCCGCCAGUCUGACAGCAGGAAAAAAACGUCAUUGCCACCAGUGCCAACCCUUGAGUCAUCAUGUGGAGAUUCGCCAACUUCAUCAUUUCGGAAGGAUAAUUGCGAUUAUUUAGAUAACACGGACAUUCCAAAAACAUAUAUGGCGCCGGACAUUACUCAGUUCAACAAUACCCGUCGGGCAGCAGAUCGAGUUACACGUUACGUUAAUGUAUCUCAAACAGACCUUAAUGAGGACGGAAAUGGAAAAUGGAAAGUUUCAGCAAAAAUUCAACAACUUCUAAAUACACUAAAAAGACCUAAGAGACGACCUCUUCCAGAAUUUUAUGAAGACAAUGACAUCGAACUUGAAAUUGCCGCUAACCCUAAAGAUCCUAAUGCUCCUAAACCUGAAGGAAAUACAAUGACGGCUGUCCAAGGAGAACAACUAUCGGUGUCUGCUAGUCUACCAAGAACAUUGGAGGCGGCUGUGCAACGUUAUGGCACACAUUCAUUUAAAUCACCAAUGGCAACUGUAGUCGAUCCAAAUGGUAAAAUGACGACUACAUUAACAUAUGGAAAAUUGUUAUCAAGGGCCCAGAAGAUUGCAUAUGCUUUAUCAACAAAAAUAUUUAGCAAGGGUCCGGAACAGGUGACACUUAAACCAGGAGACAGAGUUGCGUUGGUGUACCCAAAUAAUGACCCAUUAAGCUUUGUUACCGCCUGGUAUGGAUGUAUGUUUAGAGGACUUGUGCCACUCCCCAUCGAACUGCCUCUAUCAAGUUCGGACACCCCUCCACAGCAAGUGGGGUUCCUUUUAAGUUCAUGUGGCAUAAAUGUAGCACUUACUUCUGAAGCCUGUUUAAAAGGAUUGCCGAAAUGUAGCACAGGAGAGAUCGCAAAGUUGAAAGGUUGGCCUCGGCUGCAGUGGUUUGUUACAGAACAUUUACCAAAACCUCCCAAAGAUUUUAGCAUCGGAAAUUUACGUAUUGAAGAUAAAAGCAAUGCAUAUAUUGAAUAUACCACCGAUAAGGAAGGCAGUGUCAUGGGAGUUACGGUGACACGUUUAGCUAUGAUGAAUCAUUGCAGAGCUUUAACUAUGGCCUGCCGGUAUACAGAAGGAGAAACAAUGGUGUGCGUUUUAGAUUUCAAACGUGAAGUAGGACUCUGGCAUGCCGUUCUCACUUCAGUGCUUAAUGGAAUGCACGUACUGUUUAUACCCUAUGCUCUUAUGAAGUUAAGACCAUCAUCAUGGAUGCAAUUGAUUACAAAGCAUAGGGCUUCAUGUUGUCUAGUCAAGAGUCGCGAUUUACAUUGGGGCCUUCUUGCAACGAAAGAUCACAAAGAUAUUAGCCUUUCCUCUCUUAGAAUGCUUCUUGUUGCCGAUGGAGCAAACCCAUGGUCGUUGUCAUCAUGUGAUCAAUUUUUAAGUGUAUUUCAGCCCAAGGGAUUACGAGCGGAUGCCAUUUGCCCAUGUGCCAGUAGCUCUGAAGUUUUUACGGUUUCCCUUCGUCGUCCGGGACGUUCUACCGUCGGAUUCAGUCAAUCGGCCACUGGAAGAGGUGUAUUAUCAAUGGCAGCACUAUCUCAUGGUGUAGUUCGUGUAGAUAGUGAGGAUUCUUUGACAUCACUAACUCUACAAGAUUGCGGCCAAGUUAUGCCUACAGCGACAAUCGUGGUAGUGAGAUCAGAUGGACAUCCAGUUUUAUGUAAAACAGAUCAAGUUGGUGAAAUAUGCGUAACAAGCGGCGCAACUGGUUCUACAUACUAUGAAUUAGAGGGUUUAACAAAUACAACUUUCAAAGUCCAGCCUCUUUUGGAGGAUCCGGAAUGUGACAAGGAUGGCCAAACUAUCAAAUCAAAACCUAUUAGUGAAGAUUUUUUUGUGCGAUCCGGUCUCUUAGGGUUUUUAGGACCAGGGGGUUUGGUUUUUGUUUGUGGAUCACGGGAUGGUUUGAUGACCGUUACGGGUCGUAAGCAUAAUGCGGACGAUAUAAUAGCAACCGUAUUGGCGGUGGAACCAAUGCGUUUCAUAUAUAGGGGCCGCAUUGCAGUCUUCAGCAUUAAAGUUUUACGAGAUGAACGUGUAUGUGUCAUUGCCGAACAACGUCCUGAUUGCUCCGAAGAAGAAAGUUUCCAAUGGAUGUCCAGAGUACUACAAGCAGUUGACUCAAUUCAUCAAGUUGGAAUAUAUUGUUUGGCGCUUGUUCCACCUAACCAUUUACCUAAAACACCUCUAGGAGGAAUAAAUCUUUGUGAAGCACGUCGAAGAUUUUUGGAUGGAACCCUUCAUCCGGCUAAUGUUCUAAUGUGUCCUCAUACUUGUGUAACAAAUUUACCAAAGCCACGGGAAAUCCACCAGGGUGUCCAAUCUACUGCAAAACUAAGUUCAUCUGGAUGUGGUAUUACAGACACUUCGGUCGGUCCAGCAUCAGUGAUGGUUGGCAAUUUAGUUCAAGGAAACCGUCUUGCAAUUGCCCAGGGACGUGAUCUUGGUCUAUCGGAGGACAACGAACGCAAGCAUCAAUUGAUUACUGGCGUUCUACGUUGGAGGGCAUCGACAUCACCAGAUCACGUUCUAUUCACCCUUCUCAAUUCCAAAGGAUCCAUUGCUAAAACUCUCACAUGCUCGGAGUUACAUAAACGCGCCGAAAAAAUUGCUGCCUUAUUGCAGGAGAAAGGAAAAAUAGAACCUAAUGAUCAUGUUGCAUUGAUAUUCCCCCCCGGCUUGGAUUUGCUAUGUGCAUUUUACGGCUGUCUUUAUUUGGGAGCUAUUCCAAUAACCAUACGACCUCCGCAUCCCCAAAAUUUAAUAACGACAUUGCCAACUGUUCGAAUGAUUGUUGAUGUAUCGAAAAGCGUUAUUGUGCUGUCUAUUCAAUCUAUAAUAAAAUUGUUAAAAUCCAGGGAAGCAGCAUCUUCAAUAGAUCCAAAGACAUGGCCAACUAUAUUGGAUAUUGAUGAGAAUCCAAAGAGGAAGCUCCCAAAUGUUCAUAAUGCCCAAUUGGAUAGUACAGCCUAUCUGGAUUUCAGCGUAUCAACAUGCGGUAGACUAAGUGGCGUUAAUAUAAAUCAUCGAUCUCUUUCCAGUAUUUGUGCAAGUUUAAAGCUUGCAUGUGAGCUGUACCCCUCUAGACAUGUGGCUUUAUGCUUAGACCCAUAUUGUGGACUGGGAUUUGCUAUGUGGACCCUUAUUGGGGUUUACAGUGGUCAUCACUCAAUUUUAAUUGCUCCAUACGAAGUUGAAGCUAAUCCAAGUCUUUGGUUGUCCACUUUAUCGCAGCAUAGAGUACGUGAUACAUUUUGUUCAUAUGGCGUUAUUGAACUUUGCACCAAGGCCCUAAGCAAUUCAAUACCUGUAUUGAAACAAAGAAAUAUAGAUCUAAGAUGUGUGCGCACUUGCGUAGUAGUUGCUGAAGAACGACCCAGAGUUCAAUUAACUCAACAAUUUUGCAAACUGUUCCAGGCGCUUGGGUUAAACACCAGGUGUGUCUCCACAUCGUUUGGAUGUAGAGUUAACCCUGCAAUAUGCGUCCAAGGGGCUAGUUCAGCAGAAAGUGCUCAGGUUUAUGUUGAUUUGAGGGCUCUUCGUAACAAUAGGGUUGCACUUGUGGAGAGAGGAGCUCCUAACUCAUUAUGUCUUAUCGAGUCGGGGAAACUUUUACCUGGUGUUAAAGUUAUUAUUGCUAAUCCUGAAACUAAGGGACAUUGUGGAGAUUCACAUUUAGGCGAAAUAUGGGUGCAAUCAUCACAUAAUGCGAAUGGAUAUUACACCAUUUAUGGUGAUGAAACUGACUAUAAUGAUCACUUCAAUGCAAAACUUGUCACCGGCGCGACCACUGAAGUUUAUGCGAGAACUGGGUACUUGGGAUUUUUAAGACGAACUGAAUGCUCCCAAUCCGUUUCUGUAUUAGAUGAAACCACUCCUAGUAUAGCAAGCCGAGAUAGUGAUAAUGAUUCCAUCAACUCCUUAAAUCAAUCACACGCCAAUUUAAUUCCAACUACAGGUAAUUCGGUAACACUAAGCGAACAAGGAGAAUCAGAACAGCACGAUGCGGUGUACGUUGUUGGUGCCCUUGACGAAGUAAUUGCUUUGCGAGGUAUGAAUUACCAUCCAAUCGACAUAGAAAAUUCUGUUUUAAGAUGUCACAAAAGAAUUGCCGAAAGUGCGGUUUUCACCUGGACCAACUUGCUUGUCGUUGUCGUUGAGUUGGAUGGAAAUGAAUCAGAAGCUCUCGAUCUUGUACCACUGGUCACAAAUACAGUCUUAGAAGAACAUCAAUUGAUAGUAGGAGUUGUUGUUGUUGUAGAUCCAGGUAUUGUCCCUAUUAACAGCAGGGGAGAAAAACAACGAAUGCAUUUACGCGAUGGUUUUUUAGCUGAUCAAUUGGAUCCAAUAUACGUUGCUUAUAAUAUGUAAAUAUUUACAUCUCAUUUAUAAAAUUCAAUAAUUUAUGUAACACAUAAAUGCUAUAUACGUAUUAAUCUUUUAACUUAAAUAUGUAUACAUAUUCAUGAGAAAUACGCAAUAAAUAUUUAAAUCUUUGUAGCUUGAACAACAA